AUGGUUGAGCAAGUCCUUCCAGAAGCAUAUUCGCGUAUGAAGUCCCAACUGCUGAAACAUGCCAAAGAUGGCACAGUUGUUGAUAUGCAGUCUGUUUUCCUCGAUUUUACCAGUUUUGUCAUGGGCCACAUGGCAUAUGAUAUGGACCUUGAUUCUUCUCAUCCUUUCACCAAAGCCUUCGACUAUGCCUCGGACCAGAUUGGACGUCGUUUUCAGAAUCCGUUCUACUUCGUUAGUGAAUUUCUCUUCGGGUCCAAGCUUCGCGAAGCUCUAGCGGAGGUAAGGAGAUUUGGCACAAAGAUCGUCAACAGGGCAAAGCAAAAUAGGUCGAAGUCUGCUUUCGCCAGCAUUUUUACGAACGACGAAAUCCACUUUGAUACCUUGAUAGACUCAUUGCUCGAGACUUUUCGAGACCCUAACAUUGUAGCAGACUCAGCCCUAAAUUUCCUGUCUGCUGGCAAAGACACGACUGCACAAUCUUUUACCUGGACCCUGUAUUGCAUAAUGCGGAGUCCGGAAGUUUUGGAGCAUCUCCGUGAAGAUAUCAAAUUGCUCAAAUCUAAGCACGAUCAAGACGAGCGGAUCUCACUGACCGUCGCCGAUCUGCAACCUGCAAAUACCCCCUUUGUCACGGCGACCUUUUACGAGGCUCUCCGCCUCUAUCCUCCUAUUCCUAUUGAGAUUCAAGAAUGCCAGCAAGACCUCUCACUACCUGAUGGAACCUUUCUUCCGAAGAAUUCUGUUGUGGUCUGGUGUAUUUGGGCGAUGAACAGAGCAAAGGAAAUCCAUGGAGCCGACUCGGAUCAAUUCCGGCCUGGUCGAUGGCUUGAUGAAGAAGGAAAGUUCGUCAACCGCUCUGCAUUUGAAUUUCCAGUUUUUAAUGGCGGACCGAGAUCGUGUCUAGGUAAGAAGAUGGCCGAGCUUAUAGCAGUUUUUCUGCUUGUCAAUUACCUUCCUGAUUUCACAUUCAUCGAUGUCCAUUCAGAGGCCGUGAAGCGUGCGCAAAACAGCCUCACGCUACCUAUGGAGUCGGGACUGUGGUGUCGUUUAACCCCACCAUAG